AAGGUUGAGCGCACGAAAAACCGUCCUCUCGCCUGUGGUUCUUUGACAGACAAGCAGGCAAUAGCACUUUUGGGUGGAUUGCUGGCGACAUCUUUAACUGUCCUAUUGCAGAUGAAUUGGUUCAGUGUUGCGGUCGGCUCAGCAUCAAUGUUUUUAGUAGUUGUAUAUCCACUGGCGAAGCGUUACACUUAUUGGCCUCAGUUCGUCUUAGGAGCCACCCUCAACUGGGGUGUAUUGAUUGCAUGGGCUGAACUGUUGCCUCGGGAUCAGUUUUAUACGGUAUUACCGCUCUACGUCUCUACGGUACUCCAUACUGUAAUUUACGACACAAUAUAUAGCCAAGUUUUGCCCACAAUUGGACUCACCUUCAACUGGGGUGCUCUUCUGGGCUGGUCGGCUAUUGAGGGGUCGCUCAGUUCUGCGCCGAUUGCCCUCUACCUAGCUGCCCUUCAGUGGACUCUCCUCUACGAUACUAUUUACGCACAUCAGGACAAGACAGAUGACAUCAUGAUAGGAGUGAAGUCUACUGCGCUGCGAUUUGGAGAUAACACGAAGCCGUGGCUGUGUGGUUUUGGUACCGCUGCCAUUGCUGGUCUUGGUCUGACUGGAUAUAUUGUCGAACAGACUUGGCCUUACUACAUAGCCUUAGCAGGCACUGCAGCUCACUUGGCAUGGCAAGUUUGUACUGUCAACAUUAACGACAGUAAUGACUGUUGGAAGAAGUUUAAAUCUAAUCAGUGGAUGGGUGCCAUUUUAUUCGCUGGAAUUGUUGCUGGAACAUACCUCAAGAAAGAGAAAAAAGAUUCACACAGUAAAGUGAAUAAUGACGAUCUCGAUGAAUUUUAA